AUGGCGCGCCUGGGCAACGCUUUGGUCUGCGUCGCGGCUGCCACCGUGUUGGCGGCCGCUGUGGCGUUUGUUGCGCCGACGGGACCCCGCAGCGGAGCAUCCCAGACGCGUGGAGUGGAGGUGAGCGGGAAGGCGCUGCCCAAUGGGCUCAGCGAGUCUCCUGUGACAGGCACUGAAGCAGCUGCAGAGCCAUCUCCUGUGGCAUCGUUCCUGAAAUGGACUGCUGCUGGCCUUCUGGCCGGCCUGGUGAUGGCAGUAUCUUCCAGCGCUCCUGCGAGUGCCGAAUUGACAAAAAUCAAUGAUGUGGACAUUGACCUGGAGGACACGCCGGCCCAUUGGACAAUCAAGGCCUCCCCUGUCCUGGAGCCCUGCAAGGACAACAAGAAGUACCACAAGAAGAUCAAGGAUGAGCUGUACAAGGUGAAGAAGAACCAGUCCAAGUUUGCGGAGGGCUCUGCUGCCUACGCUCGCUUCAACAAGAAGAUCAAGCUGAUCAAUAUGCGUGAGGAGGCAUACGGUGACAGGCUGUGUGGCAAGAAGGAUGGAUUGCCACGCACCAUCGCCACUGGUGAGUGGAAUGUGAGGGGCAGCGCCAUGUGGCCUGCGGCCAUCUUCAUCUACAUUGCUGGCUGGAUUGGCUGGGCCGGGCGCUCGUACCUGAUCCGCACCAAUGAUGAGGCUAAGGAGCUGAACAUCGACGUGCCUUUGGCCUUGACGUGCAUGGCCAGUGGCUUCUCGUGGCCUGUGGCGGCAUGGCAGGAGGUCGUCAACGGCGAGAUGGCAGUGCCCAGCGACCAGAUCCACCCCGGUGGGCCGUGGGGCCAGUCCUGA